AUGGUCUUCGCAUGGCUCAGAGGCUUCUUCACUUCCACGUCUACUCCCACGGCAAUAAAAGAAGACCAGCCGCAAUCAUCCCGCCAAGCCAGAUCCAGAUCCCACCGUCGCUCGCAAAGCAAAAAGGUUCGCGAUCGGGAACGCGAGUUGCGUAGGAACUGGACCGGGCAGAAGGGGGAUUGGAAUCGGGUGACGGCUGAGAAGGGUCCGGUGGUUGGGGGUGUUUGUUGA